AUGGCAGCAAAGAUGAUAUUAUCAGUGUUGCUUGGUGGGUUUGUGGUACUGUUCUUAUACCUCUAUGAGUCUUUGGUUUUAAAGCCAAAGAGGCUGAGAUCAAAGCUUGAAAAGCAGGGGAUCAGAGGGCCUUCUCCUUCAUCAGUUCUCUUGGGAAAUAUCCCAGAAAUGAAGAGCAUCAAACUCAAGGUGAUGAAAAAGUCUGAAGAAGCAAGGAGUAGCAUCAAGUCAAAGGACCACCAUCUUUCUAUUGCUCAUGAUUGGCCUUCAACCAUCUUCCCUCAUCUGGUGCAGUGGACAAAUGAAUAUGGGCCAAUCUUCAUGUAUUCAACUGGAAGCAUACAUCUAGUAAGUGUUACAGAUAUAGACAUGGCGAAGGAAGUUAGCCUGUGCACAUCUUUGAAGUUAGGGAAGCCUGCUUAUCUGUCUAAGGAUCGCAAGCCACUGUUAGGCCAAGGCAUUCUAGCUUCAAAUGGCCCAACUUGGUCUCACCAAAGGAAGAUUAUUGCUCCUGAAUUUUACUCUGAUAAGGUUAAGGGCAUGGUGAACUUGAUGGUGGACUCUACAACCUCAAUGUUAAGAUCUUGGGAGAGUAAAAUCGAAAGUGAGGGAGGAAUGGCAGUCUUUAGAGUUGACGAGGAUUUAAGAAGCUUGUCCGCAGAUAUAAUAUCAAGAACAUCAUUUGGAAGUGAUUAUUCACAAGGGAAAGAAAUUUUCUUAAAGCUCAGAACUCUUCAGAAAGUCAUGUCCGAGCUGGGGAACAUUGGGAUUCCUGGCUUAAGAUACUUGCCAACGAAAGCCAACAGAGAGAUAAGGAGAUUAGAGAAAGAGAUCCACUCAAUGAUAUUAAGGGUUGCAAACCAACGCAGUACCGAGGCUAGUCAUGAGAAGGACCUUCUGCAAAUGAUACUCGAGGGAGCGAAAAAGUAUGAUGAUGCAGAUAGCCUAUUUUCUGCUGGUAUCUCCCAGGAAGACUUCAUAGUGGAUAAUUGCAAAAACAUAUACUUUGCUGGCCAUGAGACCACUGCCAUCACAGCCUCCUGGAGCUUGAUGUUAUUGGCUGCAAAUCCGGAGUGGCAAGCUUGUGUUCGUGAUGAGGUGCUUGUAAUUUGCGGGGAUGGAAUUCCAGAUGCUGAUAUGCUUCGAAGCAUGAAAACAUUGAAUAUGGUAAUUCAAGAAACAUUGCGUCUGUACCCACCGGCAGUGUUUGUCAUAAGACAAGCCUUGGAAGAUAUUAAGCUCAAAGAUAUUUUACUUCCCAAAGGAAUGAACAUUCAGAUUCCAAUCCCAAUACUGCAUCGGCUGCCUGAUCUAUGGGGCCCUGAUGCCCUUGAUUUCAACCCAAAAAGAUUUGAGAAUGGAGUUCUUGGGGCUUGCAAGUUUCCUCAGGCUUAUAUGCCAUUCGGAGUUGGUGCUCGUGUUUGUCUUGGCCAACACUUAGCCAUGACAGAAUUGAAGGUGAUUCUGUCUCUUAUUCUAUCCAAGUUUUCCUUCUCACUCUCACCUGCAUACCAACACUGCCCAGCUUUUAGGUUGGUUAUUGAACCUGAAAAUGGAGUAAAUCUCCAUGUGAGGAGAGUGUGA